UAAAAGCUAUAAAAUAAAGAUUAUAUAUGAUAUAUUUUAAUAUUUUUAACUAGUGUCUUACAUUAUGAAGGCAGCGGGGAGGGGGUUACAUUGAAAUUUAACAUCUCCUUUUAGUGCGGCAUAUACCUCUAGACUCAAAAUAGAGCAAAAUCCGGUUUUUCCCUCAUACAGAUAUUGGCUUCUGUAGUAAGUCGCCUAGAUUAGAGUAAUAUCGUAACAACCCGCAAACGUCGGCCAUGGCCCCCUCGCCUCUACCCGAUUUCGUUUAUAAGAUCGUGCCCUCGGCGCCCCCGGCACCCAUCCCGGCGGAAUAUCCGCUCUCGGAGCUCGACCAGAAAGACGGGUUCGUCCACCUGAGCGUGGGAAGGCAGAUCCCGAUAACGUCCGGCCUCUUCUUCAAGGAGGCCGCGAGCAUAUGGGUGCUCAAGAUCCGCUUCGCGCCCAAAUUCCACCCGGCUACGACGUGGGAGGUCGAGGGGUGCCCGCACCUGUACGGCAACUUCGGCGCGGAUGACGUCGAGGACGUUAAGGCGUUCGUGCGGUCGGACGGCGAGAGCUGGGGACAGGUCUUCGAGAAGGAGAGCGGCUGGCUGGUGUAGACCUCCUCGCUUUAAAGAGUAGACGGGGCUCAUCUGCUGGGAAUAUCGAGGCGACGCCUUGCUUGCUAAACUGAAACACUGUCGUUCUUUUAUAAAAGUCUCCCACGACUCUUUGAUUUUAAUACUCCCACCGAGAAAAACCAGGAGUGGGUAGUGGACGUAACACAACGUGUCGUGUAGGGGGCAUAGACGUGAUUACUUUUUGGGGGAGCUGAUUCUCGAGGCCCGUCCCAUGUCUCUGGACUCGAACCUAGACGAAUUUGUAUGGAUUUCUCUAUUCGCGGGAUGCCUUGGGUGUGUGCGUGUUUGCUGUGACGAUAGAGAGUGUCUGGAUGGGUUUAUUGGAUACGUGGGAGUGAGGAGGGAAAGCAGCUCUAUUCAGUAAAUAUAUGUGUGUGUGUGUGUGCCUAAGGUAGGCGAUAUCUCCGUGCUUAUUCCCAUAAGCGAGACAAUAUACCUACGUCUGUCUGCGCCUGCUUCUCUUUGGUGCCAGAUACCCGUCCAUGUUUCCCUAGAAACCCCAGACGCGAAUAUCUCUUCUCCUCGUUUUCCCUU